UGCCCCUCCGCCUAAGCGGCACGGUCGGUAGACAGCGGAUCCCACAAGCGGCAGUAGUGCGUUUGUCCGAGCCCUGUAUGAGGUGUCCCACCCACCCGGUGACAGGAACGCCCCCUCCCUCCCGGUAACCCGCAGCGGGCGGCAGACAGGAGUGGCGGCGGGACACCCGCAGCAGCCAUUUUGAAUUGAGCAGACAAAGAGCGCGCGUUUCUGUGGCGGGGCGACUUUCUCCGCUUCAGGCGUCGCCACGCCACCCGGUUUCCCGCGCAGACCCUUCCCCGACCGCCCCCUAUUUUUGUGCCUCCCUCCCGUUCCACCGACCCCGCUCGAUCCCCUCCUGCCCUCCCAAUACCGCUCGCAGCCAUUUGCCCGCUCCUUAUGUAGCCAUGAAGCAGCCAAUGGGAGCGCCGCUCCGGUGUGACGUAAUUGCCCCGCCGCGCAGGCGCACAGAGCUGCUGCCCUCCUGAGUUGAGCGGCGGAGUAAAGAUGGCGGCGGGUUCGGAUCUACUGGAUGAGGUUUUCUUCAACACGGACGUGGACGAUAAAGUGGUCAGCGAGCUGGUGGGAUCCCUGGAGUCUCAGCUGGCCGCCGCGGCCCACCAGCACCAUCAUCACCACCACCACCAGCAGCAACCCCCCGCCGAGGCCCGCAGCCAGGCCCUGGCUAACCAUGUCACCAGCCCGGGGGUAGGGGCAGCCAGUGCGGGGGGACAGCCUGAAGCCAAGAUAGGGCUCUCCCCGGAGGUGCCUAAGACGGGAGCCGCUGUACCCGGAGUACAAGGAGGUGUCAUUAACAGCCGCCCACAGACCACAGCACAGCCUGACGGGACUCAGUCUGCUAUACCCGAAGCACCAGGAGCUCUUAGCCAGGCCAAAUCUGGGGUUCUGGGCAACAUGGCUUCCACUCUGCCCAACCACAGUUCAGGUAAUGGCAAAAAUGCCACCCUACAGACCAUGAAUGGGAGUAAUGUUGUGAUUAAUUCACACGGACCUGGGGGUCACGGAACCCCCUACCAGGGGAACAGCAAUGCCGCUGUCGGCCUGGUAAACAACGGACCGGCUCCUGUCGCUAAGGGUGGAGUGAACCCAGGAGCUAACACCGUUAUCCAGACUUCUUUCCUUGGGACUACUAACGUGGCAUCCUCAGUCAUCUCCUCCUCAUCCACAUCCACUGCGGGAGCAGCUGGGCAGCAAGCUGGCAUGGCGGGCGUACCCACCAGCGUGGCAUUGGUGAGACCUCUGUUGCACCAGGGCGUGCCCGCCACUCAGAACGGGAGCAAUACUGUGAUCAAUUCCCCUCUGUCCGCCCCUGCCGGGGUCUCGCUGCAAAUGAACAAUCAGCCCAGUCCGGUGAUCAAGUCGGAAUCCCCUAAAACUAUUAUCCAGCCCCCUCAGCAGAGCCAGCCUAACCCUGGCAAUAUGGUGUUAGGACAGACUAUGCAAGCUGGGCACCCUGGUCCUGGAGGAGCUGUGUCUGCCCCCGGUGCCCCUACAGGAAUGGGCAAAGCUACAGUCAGCGCCGUGCCUCCCAACUUGCCAAGGACUCCUACGGCCCUGGCCGGUGGUAUCAGGGCUACAAUCACUCCCCCUAUGCUUGCCCCGCGCGUGCCACAGCCUCAGCAGAACCCGGCGAGCGUUCAGAAUUUCCAGCUUCCGCCCGGAAUGGUCCUCGUGCGGAGUGAGAGCGGGCAGCUCCUAAUGAUCCCCCAGCAAGCCCUGGCCCAGAUGCAGGCUCAAGCCCAAGCCCAGGCCCAAGCACAAGCCCAAGCCCAAGCCCAGUCGCAAUCUCAGAACACCAUGGUUCCCCGUCCUGCCACUCCAACCAGUGCCCCUCCUGUACAGAUUUCUGCAGUGCAGUCUCCAGGAGCGCCGCUCUUAGCCAGACAGGUUACACCAACUAUCAUCAAGCAAGUCACUCAAGCGCCAACAACUGUACAGCCCACCACAACACUACAGCGCCCUCCUGUUGUACAGAACCAGAUAGUGCUCGGCAGCACUGCACAAACUGCCACUUUGGGGACCGCAACUGCCGUGCAGACUGGUGCGGCUCAGAGACCUGUGCAAGGAGCUGCUACCCCUGCCGCAGCCACCACGGAAACCAUGGAAAAUGUGAAGAAAUGCAAGAAUUUUUUAUCCACGCUAAUCAAGUUAGCUUCAUCGGGUAAACAGUCCUCUGAGACUGCAGCUAAUGUGAAAGAACUAGUGCACAACCUCCUGGAUGGGAAAAUUGAAGCAGAGGAUUUCACGAGUAGAUUGUACAGAGAACUGAAUUCUUCACCUCAACCUUACCUUGUGCCUUUCCUGAAGCGGAGCCUCCCUGCCUUGCGCCAAUUAACGCCAGAUGCAGCAGCCUUCAUCCAGCAGAGUCAGCAGCAGCAGCCCCCCACGCAGGCCACGACGGCCCUCACCGCGGUGAUGCUGAGCGGCUCCGUGCAGCGCACUGCUGGCAAGACCACCGCCACCGUCACUAACACAUUGCAGCAACCGGUCAUCAGCCUCACACAGACGGCCCAGUCCAAGCCGGGGCAGCCCACCCCACUGGUCAUUCAGCAGGCGCACAAGGCGGGAGCAGUGGUACGUCCCCCGCACGUGACAUUAACCCAGACGCCCAUGGUAGCACUUAGGCAGCCUCCGAAUCGGAUCAUGCUCACCACGCAGCAGUUGCAGCUAAACCCACUACAAACAGUUCCAAUGGCAAAGCAAGCAUUGGUACAAGGUGCAAAAACGAUGUCUGCAAUAUCCGCACAGGCUGCGGCGGCACAGAAAAAUAAAUUAAAAGAGCCGGGGGGAGGAUCGUUCAGAGAUGACGACGACAUUAACGACGUAGCUUCCAUGGCCGGGGUGAACCUCUCUGAAGAAAGCGCAAGGAUAUUGGCGACGAAUUCGGAGUUAGUGGGCACAUUAACGCGGUCCUGCAAAGACGAGACGUUUCUUCUGCCUGCGCUGCUACAGAGGAGGAUAUUGGAAAUAGGCAAGAAGCACGGCAUCACAGAAAUCCAUCAGGACGUCGUCAGUUAUGUCUCCCACGCAACGCAGCAGCGGCUACAAAACAUUGUCGAGAAAAUCUCCGAAACGGCGCAGCAGAAGAAUAUUUCGCACAAGGAUGACGAUCGGUAUGAACAAACAAGUGACGUACGGACACAACUCAAAUUCUUCGAGCAGCUCGAUCAGAUAGAGAAGCAGAGGAAAGACGAGCAGGAGCGGGAGAUUCUAAUGCGGGCAGCUAAGUCUCGGUCAAGGCAGGAGGAUCCAGAACAGUUGCGGUUAAAACAGAAGGCGAAAGAGAUGCAACAGCAGGAACUGGCACAAAUGAGGCAGAGAGACGCCAACUUAACAGCGCUAGCAGCUAUUGGCCCUCGAAAAAAGAGGAAAGUUGAAUCACCGGGCCCUGGUUCUGGUUCAGAGUCGUCCAGCACAAGUACCGCCACGGCCAGCAGUUCGGCGGGAGGGGGCAGCCGACAGUUUACACGACAAAGGAUAACGCGGGUCAAUCUCAGGGACCUCAUUUUAUGCUUGGAGAGCGAGCGAGAGACAAGCCAUUCACUAUUGCUAUACAAAGCAUUCCUUAAGUGAGACUCACAGAACUCCACAAAAUGGGAAAGAUCAAGGUAUUUUUGUUCAUUAUCUGUCGGUUUUUAUUUUUGCCCCUCAAAGAGGCGCCCCCCCCUCCCUUCUCGCCGGACACGUCUGCAGAACUUUUUAUUUUUUCCUGUUCCUUCAUCGUCUGUUGGAGACAAUAAUGGUUUGAAGAUGGCGCCGCCGAUGCCAACCAACCCCAUUAGACCACGUUAACCCUUCGCCGACGGGGCAGGAUCACAGCCGCCAACGAGGAGCGAAAAAGACUCGUUUUUGUUCUGCAUCGUCUUUGUAUUUUUUAUUAUUAUUAUUAUUAUGUGGAAAAAUCCAAAUCAAGGUUGAAAACUGCCUUCUGCAAAAAUCCAAGCCAUAGAGAGAUUGCUCGUUGCCACCGUCCGAGCCCCCCCGGCCCCCCGUGCUGCACUUGUUUUCACUGAUCUGUACCGAGUUAUCAGGGUUUUCUUUUUAUUAUGUACGGUUUUAUCAAUCUUGUUAAAGGGCAAGUAAACCUAAACUCACUGGGGCUGUGACGCGCUGUUAGGUAAAACUCCGCCCCCUUAGGGGGUUCUUAUUGCUCACCUCCUACCCCAGGCCAAUGCAAAUGCACCGGCCCGGGGUACUUUAUACUGAAUAUUAAUCAUGUCCUCCCUUCUCAUCCUGGGCCCGAGCCGAGCUUGAAAAGGGAUUGAAAGACCCGAACGCGACCCCGCCCUAUUUGGUGACAUCAGAGGGGGGUGGGUGGGGCACGGGGACACUGUCCCACUGAUGUGAGUGAUGGGGGGAGCCCAGCUGCAUAAGGAAAGUUCUAUUCACUGUUGGGGGGUAGAAUGGCAACCAAUGUCAGUUUUGGGUCAGCCUGUUCGGUACCAAACCACAUACUGUCAACCAUUUUGGUACCUGGCAGCCAUUUUGGAUCCCCCGGCCGCCCUUGCUGAGUGUGAGUCUGUCCUUCCAGGUCAGAAAACAUGGCGGCAGGGUCAGCUGGACCCUGGGGGAAACCCAGUGGGCCCCACCACUCCCCUCCCCUGAGAAGGGGGAGGUGCUGGUUUUGGGGGCCCCCAGGGGUAGCAGCCCCAGUCCAAGGAUAAAGUACCCCAGACUGUUGUGUCUUUUUGAAGACUAUUUGCCCCAGUCCAGGGCAGGAGGUGACCAGCUACUAUCACUGGGGGUGCCAAUCCGGUGCCCCAACCCUGCCAGUGAUUUUUUUUAAUUCCCCCUUUCCUUUAACCCCUUCUCUGCUUACAGCAAGGGGGGGGUUAACAACUCCCUGCAUCAGAUUCUUUUUGCAGAUGGCAGAGACUCCGCCCCCCCCCGUCCCGUAUUUAUUGAUUUUUAUCGCUUUCACUAUAACGUCACUCCCUUUGCCUUUAUUUUAGCAGCAUUUCUAAUAUUUGUUUUUUUUUGUUUCCUAUAUAUAAAUAUAUAUAUAUCCAAAAUAACCUCUGUUUAAACAAAAAUCAUUAUUUUCCACCGUUAAAGAAAAAAAAAAAAGUGUUUUUAACCUGUACAGGAAGUGAGCGAUUGUGUCCCCGCCCCCCCGGGGCAAAGAGAGGUUUUUAUUAAAGUGUAUAUGGCAUAAAUAUAUAUAUUUUUUGCACUGUUUUAGGUUUUAAAUAUUUUGGGGUUUUUUUUUUUUUUCUACCCAAGACGAGUGCUCCGCCCCCUUUUUUUCUUUCUCUCUAUUCGACGGCAGAACCAAUAGAAGCCCCGGUGUUUCCAUAGUCACUGUAGAUAAUUUGUAGCACCUCAUUACCCACAAUCCUACCAUAAAUUAUUCUGUAAAUCCAUCAUUUUUUGGUUUAUUAACAGUAUGCAAGCUCUGGGGGCAAGCCCCUCCCCCACCCUCCGUCGCCACAGCAGAAAAAAAUCGCCCUUCUUUGUAUCUAUUUUUUUAUUAUAAAAAAAAAAAAAUAAAAACUAAAAAUAAAAUAUAUACUAAUUGGUUCUUUCUAUUUUCGGAGGUUCCUGUAUCCAAACUGCCCAUUGGUAUAAGACUUUUCUGAGUGUAAAUAGUUUAGCUUCCCCUUUAACAUCCGUUUCUCUCUGCCUCGUACACUGAGUUCUGAUCAGUAUUUUUACCCGACAGCUGUUACAUCGCUCCCGGCGUCCGUACGACGAUCUUGUCUUUCCAUUUGGGGUUUAUUUUUAUUUUUUUGUUUUAUUUUUUUUUUGUUUUCAUGUAAAUUUUGCACAGUGACUUGUUCAUAUGUAAAUAUUUUACUUUCAAAAAUGAAGUUUUUAAUUGCUAUUGUUUUAUAUAGGAUUGAAAGAAAAUUAACGCCUUUAUUAAAAACGAAUUUAUCUGUA